UGGAGCCGGUGGGGGGGUAGCGGGGGCAGGACCGCAGACAGGUCUCCCCACACAGCUCCCUUAGCCACAUUUGCAGACUCGUCUGUCUGUCCAGAACCUGCUCCCACCUCAGGUCCAGGCUGACAGGGCGGGGUAGGUGAGCUGCGAGAUGGGCUCUGAGCUGGAGACAGCGAUGGAGACCCUCAUCGAUGUGUUCCACGCGCAUUCGGGCAAGGAGGGAGACAAGUACAAGCUGAGCAAGAAGGAGCUGAAAGGGCUGCUGCAGACGGAGCUCUCGGGCUUCCUGCAUGCCCAGAAAGAUGCAGAUGCCGUGGACAAGGUGAUGAAAGAGCUAGACGAGAAUGGAGAUGGGGAGGUGGACUUCCAGGAGUACGUGGUGCUGGUGGCUGCCCUCACAGUGGCCUGUAACAACUUUUUCUGGGAGAACAGCUAAGCAGACAGCCCCAGUGGGCAGCGCCCUUCCCCUUCCCUGAUUCCCCCGCACUCCACUUUUCCUCCCUGCACUCCUACCCUUGUCCACCCUCCAUCAAGGGUGCAAGAGUAGAGGGCCAAGCCUGCGGCUCAACUUUCAUUAAAGGCUCUUCUCUAGCCA